CCGCAUCGUCAACCGCCCAAGAUGGUCUUCAACGCGAACGAGCCUCAUCUCGUCGCCCGUCACAUCCAGGAUCACGACAGCGCAAAAUCAUUGAAGUACUACUGGGGGUACCCGAGCCGAGUUGUACCAUGCACCAACGACGCGGGGUCCUGCGAGUACCUCGAUGGCGUCUACUGGAUGCACACAGUGUCUAUGCUAUACACCUUCAUUAUGUGGGCGGUCAUUGGCGGAAUACUACUCCUCAUCAUUCUUGCAAGGCUUUUCCGACCACACCGAAAGAAUGAAGAAAGCGUAAAACAAUCAUCCCCAUAUCGAGCCUGGAGAUCGUUGUCAUCAGCAACCCGGCGAUAUCUGCUCCCAGAGAGCCUUCCAAAGUUUUUUCCCUACACUACCAGACUGCAAAUUCUUAUCCUGGCAACGCUAUGCGCCUAUUCGACUAUAUUCUCCUUUGUCGGCAUCGUGUACAAAACAUGGGUUACCCCUGUCAAAAACAGCGACAAAUUCAACACACGAACCGGACUUGGUGGCUUUGCGGACCGCGUUGGAGCUCUCGCGUAUGCUUUGACACCACUCACCAUCGGCCUCUCUACCCGAGACUCUAUCCUCAGCCUCCUAACGGGCGUGCCUUACCAGCAUUUCAACUUCCUGCACCGCUGGACAGGACGUAUCAUCUUGGUCCAAUCCUUUAUCCACACCAUCUUCUGGACUAUCGUUGAGGCCAAACUGUACCAGCCCCAGCCGAAGGUCUACAAUGACUUUAUCAAGCAGACAUACAUGAUCUGGGGCAUUGUAGCUCAAGGCUUCAUCACCUUCCUCUUUGUCUUCAGUUUGAGGUCUGUGAUCCGCUGGACGGGAUACGAGUUCUUCCGCAAGAGCCACCUCAUUGUUGCCGGAUUAUAUCUGGGCGCCUGCUGGGGCCACUGGAACAAGUUGGCUUGCUGGAUGAUCGCCUCUCUCGGUCUCCUCGGGCUCGAUCUCGGCCUGCGCAUCCUGCGCAUAUGCCUGAUCCACAUGGGAUACAAAGACGGCAAUAAGGGCCUCGGCUUUCGCGCCAUCCAAUCCAAGGUCGAGACCUUUAAAGAUCCCUCAGGAGCCAUCAUCCGCAUGUCCUUCACGCACAACCAUCAGCCCUGGAAGGUCGGCCAACACUACUACCUCACCUUCCCCGCGCUCAGCAUUUGGCAAUCGCAUCCGUUCACACCUGCCUCAGUUCCACCAACCGCCCUGGUGCCACCAACGCACACGUAUAUCAUCCGGGCCCGCAACGGCGAGACGGGCAAGUUGGCCGCGCUCGCUGAGUCCGCCAAGCACGAGAAGGACUCAUUGGUCGAAACACCUGUCAUCCUCACUGGCCCGUACGGCGUUUCAGCCAUCGACAACGAAGCCUCCAACCUCCUCGCCAUCGCUGGCGGAACAGGAAUCUCCUUCGCGCUGCCCAUCUUAACAGCUGCGGUCACGGACCCAUCCUCGCCAGCACAAAACAUUGAACUGAUCUGGAUAAUCCGCCACGUCGACAAUGUCGCCUGGAUCGGCCCCGAGCUCACGUCUCUAAAAGCACAGCUCGAUUCCUCAGCACCUCUGAUCGGCGGCAACGCAGACGCCAUCAAAGCCGCAGGCAGCGUAUCCGUCCACGCCUCAAAACGCUUCCGCAUCCGCAUCGUCGUGACCCGCGCCCCGGAAACACGCACACACGUCCACCCUCCAACAGCCCCGCAGAAAGACCUUGAAAUUUCCUCAGCGUCGUCAACCGCCUCUUUCCCAACCCACUCCCACGAAGUGCAACAGCUCAUCAAACCGCAUCCAAACUUCAGCAUCACGUAUCUCAACCACGAGCACCCAAGCGUGGCGUCGAUGCUGGAUACGUUCAUCAGCGAGACAGUCGUGAGUGGGCGGACGCGUGUUGUGGCGAGCGGACCAGCAGCGCUAGGGACAGACAUCAGGGCUGUGGUUGCGGCGAGGAAUGCGGUGGGUGGCGUGUGGAGGGGCGAUGAGAAGGGCGAUAUUGACUGUGUGUGGGAUGAUCGGAUGGGGUGAGGGAGAAGGAGAGGGAAUGGUUGUUUUGGUUGAUGCGAUUACUGGAUAUACCCUAUGCUAGUUAGUCUCAAUUGAGAUGUUCCUUUUGCAGGGCUGUCUUUUGUGAGCAUGAGAGCUCAUUCAUUGUAUAUUUUGCCCCUACCCCUAAACCUCGCGCCACCACAGCUCAAAGCCGUUGUAGCCUAGUCCCAACUUCCAACUGCGAAGCACAAAAGCACACUCCUUUCUUACAACGGCCUCUCGAGCCCGCCUUCUCGGGACCUCUAUGGCCAAAAAAGACCCUCUUGCGACAUCGCGAAAAAAAUGCAGUCAUCCUUGUCCGACCCGGCCCAGUCCAUCUGCGACACACCCGACCUGUGGCGGGCGAACAAUUCAAGCAGUAGUGCAAAGCAAUAGUGUAAACCCG